AUGAGACUCUCGACGACAAGCUCCUCGCUGUUCCUGGCGGCGCUGGCAAUGUCGUCCUCGUCAGCCGCUCUUGCCGCCCCAACCGAGCCAGAUGCCGGCGAGCACGCCAUGGUCUCGUCGACAUCCUCGAGCAUGCGCUCGAUUGUUAUGGCGGGCCGCGCAGAAACUGCUGAUGUGCACGUGGGAGAUGUUUCGUUCGGCGGAACGAAUCAUGUCGGAGCAAACGCGCCCCACGUUGAGUUGCAUCAUGACCGCAGACAAUUUGAAUCUCUUCUUCCAACGUUGGAAGGACUACCGGUUGUGGGCCCCAUCCUCACCCCCCUCAUGAACAAGAUAUUGGCCGCACUUGGACUGCAGCAGAAGGGCGCUACGGGGGCGGAAUCGGUGCAGCCGUUGACUGCCCACCAGAUGCGCUUGGUCGCACAGGCCAUCUCCGAUGCGCACGAGCAGAUGCAAACCGUCUCUCGCGCCGCUGUGCCUGUAGAGAAUCUGGCAGCUCGCGGCACCAUUGCCGAGUGGGAAGCCGUGGCAGACCAAGCCUCUUCGGCGUCCGCCUCUGAUGCGAUGUCGACCAUGCAGCGCUCGCAGACAGCCCCCAGCACCCACCCGUCGCUACCCGUCGGCCUACCCAUCUCCCUUCCCAUCGGCCUACCCAUCUCCCCACCCGUCGCCCCUCCCUCCCUCCCCGUCGCACCUCCUUCUCUUCCCUCAUCCCUUCCAGUUACUCCUCCUAACCUACCUAUCAGCCCCCCUAUUUCUCCUUCUAUACCCAACGCAGCGGGCAAACUUCCUUCCCUCAUCAAUCCUAGGGCCGUUCCCCCGAUGUUCGUUGGGGUUAAGGCAGUGGACGGGAAGUUCGAGGUCUCUGUAGGGACCGGCCCGGCGACGACUUACACGGAGGACUCCUCGAGCACCACGACCGCAACAUGGGACAGUUCUACGACAGCUUCCUCCGAGCCCACCUCAGACUCUACUUCCACGGUCUCUUCUUCGGGUGCCCUCUUCGCUCGCGCUACUUCGGCGUAA